AUGAACGGAGAUAAUGGAAGAGAUGUUGUGGACCUAGAAAAGCUUGGUGAGAGUCCCCUGUCUGAGGAGAUCAAUCACAUCCGGCUACCAGAGAAUUUCAAGGUCCCUACAUUCCAACUUUUUGACGGGACCAAAGAUCCUUACAAACAUCUGCAGUUGUAUCGAUCGGUCAUGACCAUACAAGGAGCCUCAGAAGCACUCCUAUGUAAGGUGUUCCCGGCGUCCUUAGAGGGUCCGGUUACGACUUGGUUCUCGUGCUUGGAACUAAGGUCUGUGUGUGACUUUAAACAACUUAGCAGGAAAUUCAUAGAUAACUUUGAAGGGGGCAAGGGACAUCAGAAGACAUCAUCAGAUCUUAUGGAGGUAAAGCAGCGACCCAGUGAGACUCUCAAACAGUUCAUACUACCUUUAGAUCUAGAAAAACUGAAGAUUAGAGACAUAGAUCCUAUCGUGGAGUUAAUGGCCUUGAAAAGCGGGGUUCGGGAGGAGCGAUUGAGAUUUUCUCUCUCCAAGUCUGAGCCUAAAUCCCUUGCACACUUGAGAGAAAAUAUUCAUAGGUAUAGCAAUGUAGAAGAGCUUACUGCCAAUCAACCCGAUACAAAUCCCCAAGUUGAUCGACCAAAAAGCUUCAGGUAG